CAGUCAAAGGGCAUUUAAAUGGCUACAGUGUGCAGAAGUGUAGCUACAGUCUGCGGCACAGCACUGAAACACUUCGAUUCGGCUUUAAUUCACGUUUCAGCUCUGUAAAUGACCUGGUUUACAGCUACGUGUUAUAUUUUCCAGCCGAUCGCUCGUUUUGGAUAAUCAAAAACCUUAAGAGCAGUGUAUAUAACUGUAUGGUUUGAUCUUAUGCGUAAAAAUGAACGAGGAGGAAGAGGCUGUGCAGAAAACAAGGCUGUCGUUUGAAGAUCUGUGUCGAGCUCUGAAUAUGGACGAGGAGGCGAGUAAUGGGGCAUGGAGGAGUUAUGAAAAUAUCAGCAAAAAUUACACUUUAGAGGGUAGUGACCUGCACUGGUUGGCAUGUGCCCUGUACGUGGCCUGCAGGACGUCUGUGCCAACUGUUGGUAAAGGCACAGCUGAAGGCAACUAUGUGUCCCUCACACGAAUUCUCCGCUCUUCAGAACAGAGUCUGAUAGAGUUUUUCAGUAAAAUGAAGAAAUGGCAGGAUAUGGCCAACCUGCCAAAGGAAUUCCGGCAAAGCACAGAAAAGCUGGAGAGGAACUUCACUGUGACAUCUGUCAUUUUUAAGAAAUACGUCCCCAUAUUCAGGGACAUAUUUAAACCCCCAUCUGAAGAACCACCUAGAACACACAGAAGCAGGAAACAAAAACGACAUCCCUGCACCGUGGCUGAGCUCUUCCAAUUCUGCUGGGUCCUGUUUGUGCAUGCAAAAGGAAACUUCCCAAUGAUCAGUGAUGACCUUGUGAACUCCUAUCACCUGUUGCUGUGUGCACUUGACCUGGUUUACUCCAACUCUCUGUUGUGCUCCAGCCGCAAAGAUCUGCUCAACCCCACCUUCAAAGGACUUUCAGAAGAAUUUAACAGUAAGGACUAUAAACCAGGCUCCGGUCCACUCUGCUUCAUAGAGCAGCUGUGUGAACUGCAUCAUGGUGUGGUACUCGAUGCUAAAGGGGUGAAGGAACACUUCUGGAAGCCCUUCAUCAAGAAGCUAUUUGAACGCAAGAUUUUGAAGGGAAAAGAAGAGACACUGACUGGAUUCCUGGAUCCUGUUAAUUUUGGAGAUAGUCUUGCAUCUCUGAACCGGGCAUAUGAGGAGCAUGUUCUGUCAUCAGGUGCUCUAGAUGAGAGGAUAUUUCUGGGUGACGGAGCGAGAGAGGACAUUGGUACACCAGGACCAUAUCUGUGUGAGGGGACAGAGAACCAGGACCGGCCUUCCAGCAUUCUGCACAAAUCUCUCACUGCAUCAGCUCUGAAAGUGUCCACUCCACUGACGGGGAGGACGUACUUACAGGAGACUGCUUUUGGCACUCCAGUGUCCACAGCAAUGGAAGGCAUCACACGUCUACACAGUCUCCUGGCAGGACUCAAACACAGGCCGAGCCUGAGACUGAGAGACAUGCUGAAGGCCUGUGCAAGGAACCCCAGUGAAGCUAUAGCGUCGAGACUGAGGGAGAUGUCUGAGGUGUUCCUCCAGAGCUAUGAAGCCAAGGGAGAGGAAAACAGAGGCCUGGCAAGAGAUAUUGCUGUGAAAUACUUUUGCCUAGCUGAGGCGCUGUAUUAUAAGACACUGGAGGGCAUCAUUGACCAGGAGAAGAGGAGACUUGGUGACAGUGACCUCUCUUGUAUUCUAGAGCAGGACAUGUUCCACCGUUCUCUGAUAGCCUGUUGUCUAGAGAUUGUCAUCUUCUCCUACCACCCACCUGGCGAGUUCCAGCAGGUUCUGCAGACCUUUGACAUUCCCCCUUACCACUUUUAUAAGGUGAUCGAGGUGCUGGUUCGGGCGGAAGAAGGUCUCGUCAGGGAGGUGGUGAAGCAUCUGAACCAUGUGGAGGAGCAGGUGCUGGAGAGCCUGGCCUGGAAAGAGAGUUCCCCACUCUGGGAGAGCAUUAAAGGGGCCAAUAACCGUGUGCCUUCCUGUCAGGAGGUAAUGCCUCCUCAAUACUUGGAGGAUGGAGUUGGCAACCUUCACAGCCCCAAAACUAAUGAGCUCAGCACUAAUACUUCAGGAACAGGAAAAGGAAUGUCCUCCUCUUCCACAACUCUCCAUGAGCGCUACAGUUCCCCGCCCACAGGUACAGCACGAAGGCGCCUCUUUGUGGACUCAGAGAUGACCUCUGACCCUCCUGCAUCAGCCCGGGUCAGCCAGCCCUCAUUGGUCAGCACCAUACCAGCAGGCCAAACUGUGGUCACUAUGGCAACAGCGACUGUUACUGCUAACAACGGACAGACUGUCACAAUACCUGUGCAAGGGAUAGCCAAUGAGAAUGGAGGCAUCACAUUUAUCCCAGUGCAGGUGAGUGUGACGGGGCAGAGUGGACCGGGACUACAGCCUCUCACCGCCCAGGCUCUGACUGGCUCACUGAACACCCAACAGCUGACGACCACCAUGCCUGCUGGCACUGCUCACACCAGCCCUAUAGCCGGCAAGCACGCCAAGAUGAGCCCUCAGCAGGGAACACCAAACAGAGCGCAGAGAACAGGCUCCCUCUCUCUGUUCUUCCGCAAGGUAUAUCACUUGGCCAGCGUGCGUCUCCGAGACCUGUGUGUGAAGCUGGACAUCAGCACAGAUCUGCGCAGGAAGAUCUGGACCUGCUUCGAGUACUCACUGGUGCACUGCACUGAGCUCAUGAUGGAUCGCCACAUUGAUCAACUGCUCAUGUGUGCCAUCUAUGUCAUGGCUAAGGUGACUAAAGAGGAUAAAUCCUUCCAGAAUAUCAUGAAGUGUUACAGAUCUCAGCCUCAAGCCAGCAGCAGUGUUUACAGGAGUGUUUUGAUAUCAGGAAGAAAGAGACGCCACUCGGGCAUCAGUGAAAACAACAGACAGAACUCUCCGUCUGAGGGAGGGCCCGAACAAGCAGCAGCGAGUGGUAACAGCAGUCCCGUGUCAAUGCGCUCCAGUAGCACACUGCCUGUUCCUCAACCCAGCAGUGCUUCCUCUACACCCACUCGCACACCCGGCACAUUGCCAGAGCAGGAGGAGGAGGAUCGGGGGGACCUCAUUUGUUUCUACAACCAUGUCUAUAUCAAACAGAUCAAACAGUUUGCCCUGCGCUACUCCUCCAGCUUGCCUAAAGCAGGGGCAGAGACACCACCUCUGUGUCCAUAUCCUUUGCUCCGGAUUGGGUCACCACGCAGAGUUCUCCUUUCUCACAACCACUCCAUCUACAUCUCUCCCCAUAAGAAUGACAGUCCACUCACCCCCAGAGACAAGAUCUUCUACUACAUCAGCUCAAGUCCCUCAAAUCGACUGCGGGAGAUUAACAGUAUGCUCCGUACUGGAGAGACGCCCACUAAGAAGCGCAGCAUGGCUCUGGAGGAAGAGCAGCAGUCUCCUGCUAAGAGGCUGUGCCAGGAGAACCACAGCGCUCUCUUCCGCCGCCUGCAGGAUGUCGCCAACGACCGCAACAACUCCCAUUAAUGCAGACAACUUCAAAAAACACAUGUCUACAAAUAAAUUUCAGGAAAUGUCCAAUGCAAGAAAGUGCACUGGACGUGAACACAUAAAGAACAGCCAGGCCCAUACGCCAACACCUGAGGAGAAACAUGGAACACACACCCACAUAGUGCAAAAAACUCACAUUUAACCAAUAGCUUCUUCUGCACUGAGAGAUUUCUGCUUCAAAAUACAGCCAGAUCAUGUUUUGUCCAUAUUAAUGUACCAAUUAACAGCUCUUUUUUUAUACCAUUUACAAAGUACACAAAUGCCAUGUAGGUAUUUAUAAUUCAAUACCUUUUGAAUAUAAGUAAAUACCAAUAUUAUAUGCUUUAGAUAAGUUUCAUACACGUCAGAAAAAGGAUUAUAUACCUAACAAUGGAUUUGUGAGCAAAUCUUGCCUUGCGUUUGACAUUGUACUGGCUUUUAAAAAAAAACUAUUUUCAUAAAAGAAAAGUUUGUAAUGUAUAGUGACAAUAGUUCCUGGUUUCUUAAUUCAUUAAGAAAUUAUUGUGAACGCUUUUAUAUGCUGAAUCAUGUUUUUCUGUGUGUAUUUGUGAUUUAUAUAGCUAAUAUAUUUAUGCUAUUUUUCUAACUUUAGUUAGAGAGAUAUCAGUUAGAGACAACUGACCUGUUAAUAGUAAACACAUUUUAAAGUAAUAUUUAUUAUUCUUCUCUCCUGCAUGUACAUGAUAACUGUGUAAAACAAAAUAUUCUGUCCUCUUAGCAUUUGUUUUCUUACAUUUAUUUGUUGUUUGCUCGUUCUCAAAUGUGGCAUCAUUACAAUCCAUGUGUUUCAUGUUAAAGAGCAGUCCCAUUUCGAGUAAGUGCCUUUUCUAUUUUUGACUUUCAUGGACUUUGUAUGUACAGCUAACAUAGAGCUGAUGUUAGUUUGCUCACCUGUCAUUUAAUAAAUUAAAGAAAUUGCACUGA